AUGUCCCACCAAAUGGCCCCUUGGGUACCAAUAUUUAUCCAAAGUGUAAAAAAUAAUUCCCAGUCAUUCACCUCAUUCCAAUUGAGUUCAAUAUCAGCGGUUAUCCAAAAAGACAUCCAUAACCAACAAUCUUCAAUAUCAUAUAGGCCAAAAUGUAGAACUGUCGUAUUUAGAGAUUUUUUAUUUCACGAUAAACAUUCAAAUAUAAUAACUUUCUCAACAGAUUUAAGAAGUGAUAAAAUCGAUCAAUUGACAGAACAACCAUGUUUUGAAGCAUGUUUUUACUUUAGUAAUACAUGGGAGCAAUUUAGACUAAGAGGUGAUGUUUCUUUUAUAUUGAGUGAUGGGAAAUAUCCAAACAUAAUAUCAAAUAUUUGCGAUCAUAAUAAUGGAAACAGUGGUAAUGAUACUGUGAUAAAUUAUCCUAUACUAUCUCCAUCUGUUUGUAACCACUCCAAAGAAAAAAAUGGCCACCCAGACAUACAUCACAGCACUUUAGUCGAUGAUGUUGAUAUAACGGAAGGUUACAAACCACCUGAACCGUUUGAAUGGGAUUUAGAAUUAAAGAGACAAUGGAACAAUCUAAGUCGAAACGCCAAAGCUCAGUAUAGAAGACCUGAACCUGGGUUGCCGAUGAGCAAUGAAUUGAGUAAGAAAUUGGAUAAAUUGAGUAGGGGUGUAGAUGGAGUCAAAGAGGAUAUUGGGUUUCAAAACUUUGCCAUAGUGUGUUUGUGCAUUGACGAAGUUGAUUAUUUGAAUUUGAAAGAUGAUGGCAAAAGUGGUGCUGAAAGAUGGAUAUUUAAGAGGUUUAUAGAUGAAGAUACUGGAAUUGAAACUUGGGAAGAGAAGGAGGUUUGUCCAUAA